AUGUCCAAGUCGCGGAUGCCCCUCAUCCUCGGCCUCGGUGCCGCCGGCGGCGUCGGCUACUACCUCUACAGCGCCGGCGGCAACGCAAAGGCCGCCGAGAACAAGUUUGAGAGCGACGUCCACAAGGCCUCCGCCAACGUAAAGUCGCACCUCCCCGGCAGCUCCCCCAACGCCGAGGGCCAGCUCAAGGGCUACGGCGCCCAGGCCGGCGAGAAGAUUGACAAGGCUUGGGCCGAGGCCGACAAGCAGGCGUCCAAGCUCAAGAGCGAGACCGAGGCGUACGCCAAGGACGCCAAGGCAGAGGCCCUCAAGGCCGUCGACAAGUUCGACCACAAGGUCGAGGAGGGCGCCGCAAAGGCCAAGGGCGGCAUCUCGAGCUGGUUCGGCAGCGGCAACAAGUGA